CAAGUUGCUGAAAAUGGGCCCUAUUGGUGCUGAGGCUGAGGAGAACCAGACGGUGGAAGAAAUGAAGGCGGAGCAUUAUGGAUCAGAACAAACCACUCCUAAAGCGGAACUGCCUCAUGACUCUGAGCCAGAACUUAUCGACAGUACCAAGCUGAUCGAGGUCCAGAUUAUUCUCAUCUUGGCGUAUUCCACCAUCAUCUUGCUUGGUGUCAUUGGCAACUCUUUGGUAAUCCAUGUGGUGAUCAAAUUCAAGAGCAUGCGCACAGUAACCAACUUCUUCAUCGCUAAUCUAGCUGUGGCAGAUCUCCUGGUGAAUACCCUCUGCUUGCCAUUCACUCUGACCUAUACCUUAAUGGGUGAGUGGACAAUGGGUCCAGUCCUAUGCCACUUGGUUCCCUAUGCCCAGGCCCUCGCAGUGCAAGUGUCCACAAUCACCUUGACAGUCAUUGCCUUGGACCGGCAUCGUUGCAUUGUCUACCACCUGGAGAGCAGGAUUUCCAAACGAAUCAGUUUUUUGAUUAUUGGCUUGGCUUGGGCCAUCAGUGCCCUGCUAGCGAGUCCCCUGGCCAUCUUUCGCGAAUAUUCACUGAUUGAGAUUGUUACUGAUUUUAAAAUUAUGGCCUGUACUGAGAAGUGGCCUGGGGAGGAAAAGAGUAUCUAUGGCACCAUUUACAGCCUUUCCACCAUAAUCAUCCUCUACUUUUUACCUCUGCUCAUCAUUUCUAUUUCCUACACUCGCAUCUGGAGUAAACUGAAAAACCACGUUAGUCCUGGAGCUGCUAACGAUCAUUACCAUCGGCGCAGGCGAACAACCACCAAAAUGCUGGUAUGUGUUGUGGUUGUGUUUGCUGUCAGCUGGCUGCCCCUUCAUGCUUUCCAGCUUGCCGUUGACAUUGACAGCCAAGUCCUGGACCUGAAGGAGUACAAACUCAUCUUCACCGUGUUCCACAUCAUUGCAAUGUGCUCCACCUUUGCCAACCCGAUCCUCUAUGGCUGGAUGAACAGCAACUAUAGGAAGGCUUUUCUCUCAGCCUUCCGCUGUGAGCAGAGGUUGGACGCCAUUCACUCUGAGGUGUCAGUGACAUUCAAGGCCAAAAAGAACCUGGAAGUGAAAAAGAACAGUGGGGUCAGUGAUUCUUUCGCAGGGGCUACAAAUGUCUAGGGAAGCUGCAAUGUGAAAAUACAUGAAGAUUUUUGACCGGAGCAUACCUCUGGACGAUAAGUUUGCAGGAGCAUCCUGCUUUCUCAGACAGGAAGACCGAAAGCAUCUGAAUGGAAGCAUCGGUUUUGUAGGCCAUGAGAGAGCUUGUGGGUAACAGCUUUGGUGAAUGAACUCACCAAAGACAGGGUAGCAAAACAAUUUGCUGACAGUUCAUUGGAUAGUUAGUUGAGUUAUAAUAAAAGCAGAGAGAAAUGCUUUUGGCCAUUUCCAGAGUGAAAGAAACCUGAAAAAGGA